UUGUCAGUGUGAUUGUAUACUGCAACCCAAUCAUUGUAUUCUGGAGUACUAGAAGUAACAUGGCUUCGACCGCAGCUUUCUGCACCAUGACUGAUUUUAUAUCAUCUUCACUGAGUACUGGAUCUUGGCUGAUCUUUGCGAUCGUACAGCUAAAUGGGGAAGACGGAAGCAUACUUGGACUGGAGGCAGUCAUAGCUAAUGCUUUCGGCCUUACUCUUCUGGCUGUAUUUAUCAUCGCCAAGCUUGCGUCAAAAAAUGGAAUGAGUGCCAUGGUGUGUACGGGAUCACUGUUUGGAUUUGUCAUAGUCAUUGGCGUUUGCGUGUGCUUUGCUAUUGAUGUACCAGUCAAGAGAGACACGUUCGCAGCAUAUCAGAUAUCUAUUGUUGCCAGUGUCCUUCAGGUCAUCUCACAGUUGAUACCCUUCCGCAGUGUGUGGGUUCUCUGCCAUGCACCCGCCCGUCCACCAGCCGUUAGGAGCGAACAUCACCAGCACCGUUCUCGGCUUUGUAACACUCUGGCUUCAUCUGCUGUAUGCGCUCAGGCCGACCGAAGAGAACCAGAACCAUGGCAGGUGAUGAGGAAUCACAGCAAUGCAGCAGUUUUUGAUCGGUGAUGCGAAUAUGUCAGAACUACUGAACUGGUCUAAGUAGUGGGAUCGCUCUUGAUUUACAUGUGUUUGUUGUGUUAAUCGGAGAAGGAAGUUGUCCGCUGAAGAGGGGCGGUGUGAUCUUGCUGCUGUAAGAUCAUUAAAUUUUGGGGAGAUUUUUGUUGUCAGGUGGCGCAGAUCUAGGGAUUUAUUGCGAUAUUUCGUUGUUUGGUAGGAGUACUACUGUAGGAAAGAUUUGAGAACCUGUGGGAAAGAUUCAAGAAUCGUUGUUUGGUAGGAGUACUACUGUAGUUAGUUUCUUGUUCUUCAUGGUCCGUCAUGGACAUGGCUGGUCGAAUACCUGUUCUUUACUAGUCGUGUGUGUUUUCUUUUCUCUUCUGCGUGGAGGGUGGUCAUAAUGCACGCUGCCGCCUGCCCCGCCUCGUCCGGGUCCGGCGCGCCGCCUCCACCCCCUUGUCGCCGACGCCCUCCACGCGUCCGCCCUUCUGCGCUCAACCACCGUCCGCUAGCACCGCCCCGCCAAGCCAAUUGGUCACGGCCGCCGGUGUCCUCUCCCCCACCACUUGUCUCACCUCUGCCUCGUUCUGGCUGACCUGACCUGAGCCUUCUUUUCAUCCUUGCACCGCCACCGCCACCGCCCCCGCCCCGUGCAGCGCAGGGAAGUGGAGAUUGGGCGAUUGGAUUUUCCCCCUUGUUGAGUCCCCUCCCCGGUCCCCGCCAUGUUUGGAUGUGCAGCUCAGGGAAGUGGAGAUUGGGCGAUUGGGAUUGGAUCUUGUCUGUAUAUUUUCUUCUGUUGAGAGCUUCUGCUCCAGCUGAGAAUUUUUUACCUUUUUAUUUAUACACUAUGUCACUUUGUAAUGUUUCUGCAUUUUUUAUCACUGAACAUUUAGCCGCCAAAACAAAAAUCACUGAACAUUUAACUUUUUUGUGCAAUGCACAACGCUGGCGCACCAAUGGAUUUCUAGGUGGAUAGGAACAGAUGGAUUCAUAUCUGAUCUAGGGACUAGUUCUUUUUUCAGUUUCCUACUUUAGCGCAUGCUUCCGGUGUCUGAGAGUUCUAACAUGUGGCAUGUAUGUUGGAUCGGUUGAAAAUUCUAAACGAUGGAUUUCACUUGGCUCAAGAUAGAUUGGUUGCUAAAUUCUAACAUGCUAAUUGCUUAUAGAUGGUUUGCAGAAUGCUUUCACCAGCUAGUAAAAACUGUUUAAUCCUUGUACAUGUGGCAUGUAUGUGGGAAUAUUGUGGGCGCAGGAGAUAAUCAGUCACUAUUACCAAUGAUCUUUUUGUGUGUUUUCCAAUUUUUGUCUCCUUGAUUAAAAGUCACAUGCUAGGGUUAGCCAUCUACGUACCAUCCUUAUGAAAACAAGGUCUCUACUUACUAAAUUUAUGCUGAAAUACUUGAUUCAGAAGCUGAAAAUACAAAUAACCAGUUGAUGAAUCAAAGGUUUACUUAGUAACUUUUCUGGUGACACCAAUCGGGGCAGAGUGUAAGCCCUUCCCUGCAAUGUGUUUGAUCAAGCCAGAGUGUAAGCCCUUCCCUGCAAUGUGUUUGAUCAAGUUACCCCACUGAUCAAAGUGGAUAUGCAUGGUGCUCGUGCCAAUAACAUACUGCUCCACAUCUACAAUCUAACAGUGUUAAUAGAGCGAACAAAUUAAGUUGGCAUCCAACAAUAUGACUGGUUAGCCUAUGCUUUUGCUUGUGCGAUGUUUACUUUGAUCAUUUACAGCUUAUAUGCCAAGUCUGAGGUCUGAAAUGCUGAUUUUGCUCCGCUUGUUCGUAAACUAGAUGUUUAUGCUGUGUCUCUAAUUAACAAGUUUGUUUGCUACUCCUUUGAACCAGCUUCAGUGAACUAGGAGCUCUAGAGAAGCUGCCACCAAGAAAAAUCUGUUGAACUAUCUGAUGGCUGAUGAUAUACCGAGCUUUCCAAAAUCUACACUAGCAUGGUAAAUCAUCAUUGCACAGACACUAAGAAACAUUUUUCAAUGCUUGAAGGGUGCCACAACAAUAUGAUAUUAGUGAAGCUGUGCAAAAUACACUGUUGGACCGGUUGAUUGUCCGAAACAAAGUGCAAGGAAGUGAUCAGGCAAAUGAAGAUAUCAGACACCUACACAAGAAAAAGAGGUCUUGCCUGAUCUACUCGCCCUUUUUCUGAAUUAUACGUAUAUCAUUUUUGCUUAGCAAAUCAAGAUGUUCAACGUCCUAACUAUGUGUUUUUCAUUUGCCCUGAUGACUGCUUCUCCCAUCCCAAGUGCAUCACUCAGUAACCAGUACUAAGAAGCAGUGUUGUGUUCUACUUGAUUGCCUCAUUGUUUUUAAAUAUAAAGGUCAGCACUCAUGUGGAAGACUUUUUGCUCAGCUUGAUGUUCGCAAUGAUUCUGCUGGCACACAGACGCCAGGACAGCUUUUGGUUUCACCUCAUAUCUGCUGGACACUGUAAACCUCGUUUAGUAGUCUUUUUGCUACAUAAGGUCUAUAUUUAUCGUCUUCAUAUAAAAAUGAAGUACUUCCUAAAAUACUUGGCCUUGCUUUCUCUGUAUAUAUUUGGGAAUGGAUGUUGUUUUGAAC